CCCAGCUUUCAUAUUCACAUCAGUCAGGUCAGUCUCCAUAAUUAUUAAUAUGACACGGUCUUAUUCAUGAUAUUUUGUUUUUUAUUUAAAAAAAAACAAAAAAAACCCUUUACAUUGUAAAAACAAUCUCAAAGUGCUAAAACUGGAACUAAAAACCAAAAUAACAUUUAAAUUAGUCACAUAAAUGAGUAUUUUAUUACAUAUUGUAGGGUUUUAAGCUUACUAUUGAAGUUACUUUGGUAAAUUCCACUUAAUAUUUAUAUGCUGCAUAUAAAUUUGCAUAACUUUUAAUAUUGUGUCGUAAUAUUUAAAUUAUAUAGGUAAAUUUGUAUUAUAGACAUUAUUCUAGGGUCUUAACUGUACUUUUAAAUUUACAUAGGUAAAUUAACAUAACAAAUGCUUUAACUUUUUAAUUUUUUUAAAAUUAUUUUUUAUUUUAGAAGUGCUGUAUAAAUAAAGGUAUUAGUGCUAUCUCAUUCAUAAUACUUUCCAACCAGUAAAAGAACCACAUUUUCACUUGGAAUAUUUUGUUCUUAUUAUUGCAUGAAUGCCAUCAUGAAUAAAUGAAUAAAUGAAUAAAUGAAUGGACACAGCAGAGCUCAGCUUCACCUCACAGCUCUGAUCUGACUCAGGAGACGCUGAAACGUGAGUCCGCUUGUUGGGAAUUAAAGGAGCGGAGUCCCGCCGGUGAUGCGGUUUGACAGACAGGGGGAGAGAGAGAGAUCCUCCGCCGGAGCAGGAAGCUGCUGCUGCUGCUGCUGCUGGGACCGACCAGGAGACACCGGAGCCUCGAACCAGCGACGACAUCAGCGGGCAGCAGCGGGCAGCGGGCAGGCAGGCAGGCAGCGGGCUGGGUUCCCCUCCAUAAUGUAGACCCGACACGCCGCCACAUCCAGCCUACGACUCCAGCACAUGUCCGGGGCGCGGCGCUGAACACAAAAAGCCGAGCUGGGAGCGUUUUUGCACGGUGAAAAUGAAGGAGCUGAAGGGCUGCGGUAUGCGCUCCUCGCUGGGCUUUCUGUCCCGCAGAGAGCUCACCGGGCAGCCGCUCAUGAAGGAGGAAUUCCAGCGACGCAGGCUGGCGGGCUGCACCAGCCUCUACAAGAAGGACAUGCUCGGACAUUUCGGCUGUGUCAACGCCAUCGAGUUCUCCAACAACGGCGGAGAAUGGCUGGUGUCUGGAGGAGACGACCGGCGGGUGCUUCUGUGGCACAUGGAGAAAGCCAUCCACGCUCGGUCCAAGCCGGUGAAACUGAAGGGCGAGCACCUCUCCAACAUCUUCUGCCUGGCCUUCGACAGCACCAACAAGAAGGUCUUCUCUGGAGGAAACGACGAGCAGGUGAUUCUUCACGACGUGGAGAGGAGGGAAACUCUGAACGUGUUCCUGCAUAUCGACGCCGUGUACAGCCUCUCCGUCAGCCCGGUUAACGACAAUGUGUUCGCCAGCUCAUCCGACGACGGCCGAGUUCUGAUCUGGGACACUCGCGAGCCGCCGCACGGAGAGCCCUUCUGCCUGGCCAGCUACCCGUCAGCCUUCCACAGCGUGAUGUUCAACCCUGUGGAGCCCAGGUUGCUCGCUACAGCCAACUCCAAGGAAGGUGUCGGACUGUGGGACAUCCGCAAGCCACGCAGCUCUCUGCUUCGCUACGGCGGCAGCAUGUCCCUGCAGAGCGCCAUGAGCGUUCGCUUCAACAGCACCGGCACGCAGCUGCUGGCUCUGCGGCGCCGCCUGCCGCCCGUCCUCUACGAGCUGCACUCACGCCUGCCCAGCUUCCAGUUCGACAACCAGGGAUACUUCAACUCCUGCACCAUGAAGAGCUGCUGCUUCGCCGGAGACAAGGAUCAGUACAUCUUGUCCGGGUCGGACGACUUCAAUCUCUACAUGUGGAAAAUCCCGAAGGAUCCAGAAGCAGGAGGCCCCGGUCGGGUGGUGAACGGGGCGUUCAUGGUCCUGAAGGGUCACCGAUCCAUCGUGAACCAGGUCCGCUUCAACCCUCACACCUACAUGAUCUGCUCCUCCGGCGUCGAGAAAGUCAUCAAGGUGUGGAGUCCCUACCAGCAGCCCGACAGUCUGGGUGAUCUGGAGGGUCGUGUGGAGGAUAAGUCCCGCAGCCUCUACACUCACGAGGAAUACAUCAGCCUGGUGCUCAACAGCGGCAGCGGUUUGUCCCACGACUACGUCAGCCAGUCCAUCCAGGAGGACCCCCGCAUGAUGGCCUUCUUCGACUCUCUGGUGCGUCGGGAGAUCGAGGGCUGGAGCUCGGACUCUGACAGCGACCUGAGCGAGGAGGCCAUCAUGCAGCUCCACGCUCGCGUCCGUCGCUCCACCCGAGCAACGCCAGUGGCUCCCAGCGCUGCAGCCACUGCAGUCGGCCACCACAGCGACUCUGAUAACUCGUCCUCCUCCUCCCUGGCCGGACCCGACGCCUCCGGAGGGGAAGAGCCGGCCGGAGAGGACGGCGAGGAGCGUCCCAGGAGACGCAGCAGACAUCAGCGCCAUCAGUCUGGCUUCCUCGUGAACGAGGACUCGGACUCUAGUGAAUUUUGGCUGGACCCGAUGCCCCGACCUCGAUCCCCGAGCCCCAGGGACAACUCCACGCUCUCCAGCCCCACCUCCUCUCCCUCGCUUCCGGCCGGAGCCUCAAGCUCCUCCACGUCCACCUCCAGCUCCAGCAGUGACGACGAGGAGCGACGCAGCGCCGUGAGGCGGCGCAACGUCAUGAGGCGCCGACGCAUGCACGUGGUCUCCAGAGCCGGGGACCGACCCGAGUCCGUUCAGGCUCUGUUCUCGGCCAUCGACUCCUGCAGCUACCCCUCGAUCUCGAUCGAUGACCUGUCUUCCUCCUCGUCAGGCGAGGAGCAAAACUCCCUCCAGAUCAAGCCUUGUGUCACAGAGGAGGAGAAAUGCCUGAGCCCUUCUGACUUUGUGUGUCCGAGCCCAGUAAUGUCCCCCGAGAGCCAAGAGAAUGAGGACGGGAGCGACAGGACUGAGCUGGAAAGACUUGGAGCUGCGUCUCCUGGGUGUCUGGAUGCAGGCAGGACUGGAGGCAGGGCUACUGCAGAGCCGGCUGUAGACAGCUGCGACAGCGGGGAGGCGUGUAGCAGCUCAGCGGCUGCAGACGUGAGCUCCCAGAGCAGGCGUAGCCCCGGAGUGAACGGUCAUCACCGGACUGUGGCGGCGUCCGGCGCAUACAUGAGCGAGAACCCAAACGUGUCCUCAGAGUCAGAGGACGAGACUGGAGUUACCCCUGAAGACAGCAGGCCUCAGAGGGAGAAAGCUGCAGCUCUGAAACGAACUCAUGUGGGAUCAGACGAGGGCGAGUCGGGCGUCUCACCCUCGGAAAAAAAGCUAAAGACAUAAUCGCACCUCGUUCUCGCCCCGGAGAGAAACCAUUUGUUAACAGACUUCAUUUAGGAAGUGGGUUUUCUAAGGGUUUGUACAACUCAGCUUCUUUCUUUUGUCUCGUCGUCAUGUGACCAUGGACUCACGCUGCUUAUGAGCAGGAGACUAAAAAACAAAGUGUGUAAAAUUUUCUGUUUGAGAACAAACGAAUCGGACAGCGUCAUCAUUCUUUAGGUCGAACCACAGAUGACAUUAAUAAAUAUAAAAACAUAAGCUAAAUUUCGUCGAUAACGGUGGUAUUGAGUGAGACGCAGUUAUUUUCCUGCUGCAUCAGCGUUUCUUCCUCCUUCUGCUCCGGUUGUUGCAGAAAAGCUCCACCCAGGAUUUGGAGCUCCUCCAACCACAACAACAAUAACAAAAAAAAAAAAGGCUUUUAGGUAGGACAAAAGCUCUGCAGCAUUUUAAUUUCUAUGGUUUCACACUGAGCGUAAAUCUGAUUGGGCUUAUUGUCAUUUUUAAGUGAUUCUCAGCUGAGGCUGCUUCAGGGUGCCUGAAGAACUGACUGCCGCCACAGACAUCCUGAGGAGCGCCAUUUGUAUAAGCUGUGGAUUGAAAUUAUGCUUUCUGUGUCGACUGUUUUUUUUGUUUUUUUUGUUUUUUUUGGUCUCAUUAUCCAGCCCCUGGGUAUCAUUACAAACCGGCUCGCUUUUGUUUUCUUGCAAUUAAAGAAUAAUUUGUUCUCCAGUGA